AUGAGCGAGGCUCUGUGGGAAAGCUCUGGGGAAGCUGUUUCCUUCUCACUCAGCAGCUCUCAUCCCAUCAAGCUCCGACCACAGACUCCGUCCAGUUCGCCCAGCGGAUCCCCCAGGAUGUCUCCUUGUGACUCUCCUCGCAACUCUCCGCUGCUGUUUCGCAAGCUCCUCAUGAGCCGGAGCAUCGCUCUGCAGCGCCGCUUCACCUUGACGCACACACCCAGUUUUGAUGUGGAGAAUGGCCUGCCGGUGGGUCGCAGUCCACUGGACUCUCAAGCUAGCCCGGGCUCUGGUUUGGUUCUGCAGGCCAACUACCCCCACAGUCAGCGCCGCGAGUCUUUCCUCUACCGCUCCGACUCCGACUUCGAUCUGUCGCCCAAAACCAUGUCUCGCAACUCGUCCACUGCCAGCGACCUGGAGGAAGGAUUGAAGCAAUGGGAAGUCAGUUGGUUACCUCGGCAUGGAGAAGACAUGAUCGUGACUCCGUUUGCACAGGUUCUGGCCAGCCUGCGAACAGUCAGAAGUAACGUUGCUGCUUUGACACAUCUUCAGGACCGUGUGGGAAACAAACGACCGUCAGGCACCAACCAGCCUCCCAUGUGCAAGACGUGUCUCUCAGAGGAGCCUUAUCAGAAGCUGGCGAUGGAGACGCUGGAGGAGCUGGACUGGUGUCUGGAUCAGCUGGAGACGCUGCAGACGAGGAACUCAGUCAGCGAGAUGGCCUCCAAUAAGUUUAAGAGGAUGCUGAACCGCGAGCUGACGCAGCUGUCGGAGACGAGCCGCUCAGGGAACCAGGUGUCGGAGUUCAUCGCCAACACCUUCCUUGAGAAGCAACAUGAUGUGGAGAUCCUGUCUCCGCCUUCUAAGGAGAAGGAGAAGAAGAAGCGGCCGAUGUCACAGAUCAGCGGUGUGAAAAAGGCCACGCAAAGUCCGAGCUUAGCGCCCACCUGCAUCCCUCGCUUUGGAGUUAACACGCCUCACGAGAGCCUGCUGGCAAAGGAAAUUGAGGACAUCAAUCGUUGGGGUAUGGACAUUUUCAAGUUAGCAGAAUAUUCAGGAAACCGCCCUCUGACGGUGAUCAUGUACUCCAUCUUCCAGGAGCGAGAUCUUCUGAAAACAUUCAAGGUGCCAAUCAACACCUUCAUUACCUUCAUGAUGACAUUAGAGGACCACUACCAUGCAGAUGUAGCCUACCACAACAACAUCCAUGCAGCUGACGUGGUGCAGUCCACCCAUGUCCUCCUGUCCACGCCUGCGUUAGAAGCGGUGUUCACAGACCUGGAGAUCAUGGCUGCUCUGUUCGCCAGCGCCAUUCACGACGUCGACCACCCAGGAGUCACUAACCAGUUCCUCAUCAACACCAGUUCUGAGUUGGCACUAAUGUACAACGAUUCCUCAGUUCUGGAGAACCAUCACCUCGCUGUGGGCUUCAAACUACUGCAGGAGGAAAACUGUGACAUCUUCCAAAACCUCAGCAAGAAGCAGAAAGACUCCCUCCGCAAGAUGGUGAUUGACAUGGUGCUGGCCACAGAUAUGUCCAAACACAUGAACUUCUUGGCAGACAUGAAGACGAUGGUGGAGACCAAGAAAGUGACGAGUUUAGGGGUUCUGCUGCUCGACAAUUACUCUGACCGCAUCCAGGUUCUACAGAACAUGGUCCACUGUGCUGACUUAAGUAACCCGACGAAACCGCUGGAGCUUUACCGAAAAUGGACGGACCGCAUCAUGGUGGAGUUCUUCACGCAGGGAGACCGAGAGCGGGACAAAGGCAUGGAGAUCAGUCCGAUGUGCGACAAACACAACGCCUCCAUAGAGAAGACCCAGGUGGGGUUCAUUGACUACAUAGUGCACCCUCUGUGGGAGACCUGGGCCGACCUCGUGCACCCUGAUGCGCAGGACAUCCUGGACACGCUGGAGGACAACAGGGAGUGGUACCAGAGCAUGAUCCCCCGCAGCCCCUCGCCCACGAGCCCGGAUGAGCACCACGCUGAGGUGGAGCCUACGGAUGGAGCUGUGGGAUCAGGGGGUGGAGGAGACAAGUUCCAGUUUGAACUCACCCUGGAAGAGGAGGAGGAGGACGAUGAGGAGGUGGAGUCUGACCUGGAGAGCCCCUUAGAAGAGGAGUCCCAGGCAGGCGGAGACAGGCAUCAGGACUCCUCCUCCCCCUCUCUGUCUCCUGACCCUCACUUGAACAUCAACAGCAGCAGGUACCGCCCUCCUUCGCCUCACCCGUCUCGGUCGCUAAGUUUGGCGUCCAUGUCGGUGCGGAGCCCCCACCCCCACAGGACGCUGGGCUCAGGGGGGCAGGAGGGCGUGGACAGAGACCGAGAGCUGAGCCAGGACGGCGACGGCGUGGCCUGCCUGAGGAUGGGCACGUAGUAACCGGCAGGAAGUGUCCUGUCUGAGAGACGAGCGCCCGGUGGAGGGCGGCGUAGGCAGGGCGAGCCUUGUCCAAUAAUGUCUGUAAAAU